AUGGGUUAUGAACUACCUCCAGAUCCCUAUCGACCUAUAUGCCCGUAUCUACCGGGCCUUGUCAUACAGGCCACGGAACACGAACCUCCUGCCCCGUUUGGCAAAGGACGCCCCCUAUCAACGUACAAAUCUCCAUCAUUCGAGGUACUGAAAAGUAUACCCCAAACGCGUUAUGUACUAAAUUAUCCAUAUCCGGUCACGCAAUGGCCUCAUAACGAACCCCCACGUACAGCAAUGCUCACCAUAACAGACGCGAUAUCUGUCGGCGAGGAUCGCGGUGCCCAACUCGUCGUCUGCCAGGUUCUUGCGCAUGGGCAGGAUAAACCGCGGACAGCAGUGGCUAAAAUAUAUGACCCUUUAUACUACGACAAAUAUGACGAUAUAUCCUUUCCUAGAUAUAUGGUUGACGCGGCUGAGAAAGACUAUGGCCGAGAAGUGAUGGCGUAUAGACAUAUUCAAGCAACUAGAAGCCUGCAAGAGCCCGGCUUUGCGCCGGAUUACUACGGGUCAUGGACUUUUAAUUUGAUGCUGCCAUUGCAAGAUAAGGAGUGCAAACGUUCAAUUCGGCUGAUCUUGAUCGAACACAUCCGUGGCACUACUAUCAAAAGCUUAUGCAAGCCUAAUGCAUUUCACUAUGACGAAUCAUAUCGCCUAGAGGUUGCAGCUAAGAUACUCAAGGGCAUCAUGAAACAGGUACACUCAAGGUUGGAACAGAACGACCUCGCACCAAGAAACGUCAUGGUGGUUCCCACCCCCCAAGCAGCAACAUCAACACAAGCCUUAUCAAGAGUGGUACUCAUAGAUUACGGUAAAGCAGUUCUGCUUCCUGGGUGGCAAAACGUGGAGGAUAGUCUCAAGGAUACGACGGGUGACCAUAAGGACACCUCAGGUGAAGGCCGCGAGUAUCAAAUCCCGAAACUCCCUAGCAACCCAGUAGAUCGCUUCUGGGACUGGGAAAUGGAAUAUUUUAAUGGCUGGCGCCCAACUCAAUGGGAGGGCGAUACUAAACAAGCACGAAUAUGCUAUCAGAAGUGGCUCUUUGAGAGGUUUGGACAGAAUACCACCGACUUCGCACCCAUCAAAAAGAUGCACCUACUUGAAAUCUAA